AUGGGUGGUGUCGGUAAGACUACUCUUACUAAGAAACUUUAUAACGACACCCAUGUUAAGACACAUUUUGAGUCUUGUGCAUGGAUUUCUAUAUCACAAGAGUAUGGUGUGAGAGAUCUUCUGCAGAAUAUCAUAAAUUGCUAUAUGGUGCUCUCCGAAGAGGAUCUCAAGAAAGUGGAGAAAAUGGACGUUAUUCAACUCCAGCAUAAAAUUUCUGUGUAUUUGCGGGAGAAGAGAUACCUGAUGGUAUUAGAUGAUAUCUGGACAAACCAAAAAUGGGAUGCUUUGCAAGAUGCGUUUCCGGAUAUGAAUAAUGGCAGUAGAGUCGUGCUCACCACGCGCAACAAGGACUUAGCCUUACAUGCAGAUGCACAAAGCCAGCCCCAUGAAUUGGGAUUUCUAAAUGAGGAAGAGAGCUAG